AUGACUGUAGAAACUGACGCUUCAGAUUACGCUAUUGCAGCUACGUUAUCUCAAGAAGAUCGGCCAGUAGCUUUCUUUUCAAGAACACUUUCUGCUACCGAAAGGGCUCACCCUUCUAUUGAAAAGGAGGCCUCGGCAAUUGUAGAAAGUUUGAGAAAAUGGAGACAAUUACUAAUAGGACGAACAUUCAAACUGAUUACAGAUCAACGUUCUAUAUCAUUCAUGUUUAACCAGCAACAUACAUCAAAGAUCAAAAAUGAGAAGAUACAGCAUUGGCGUCUUGAAUUAAGUAGUUACAACUUUGACAUCAUAUGGGAUACUGUGUCUGUUUGCACUUUUAAUAUGCCUCUCACGCCUGCUGGAAAGCAGCGACGAUACCGGGAACGGCGUAAAAAUAAUCCCGAAAAGGAAGCAGAAUCUAAAAGAAAGGACUUAGAGAGGUACCAUGCAAACAAACGUUUAGUACGAGAUUUAACAACACGUGAACAUCGAGCAAUAAAAAAGAAAUGGCGAUCUGCAAAUGCUAAACGGAGAGAUAAGGCUAGAACUCACAUUGUUAGUAUGCACACACCAGAGUCAUCACCCUCUCGUUUAAAUAGUCCAAGACCUAGUUAUUUCAAGAGCUUUUCAGUAUUUGUCUACACUCCAGCUGUCUACUUCCCGUGA